AUGCAGAAAGCCUUGAAGAAGUAUUUUGUAAACAUGGACGAGUAUCUAGCCAGCAUCGGUCUCUACAGGAAAAUGAUGGCACGAGACGCGUCCUGUCUAUUUCGAGCUGUCUCUGAGCAGAUGUAUUACUCUCAGAAUUACCAUCAAAAGAUAAGGAAAGACUGUGUCACCUUCAUGAGAGAGAACCGAUGCAACUUUGAACCUUUUGUUGAAGGGUCGUUUGAGAAGUAUCUGGAACGUCUGGAGGACCCCAAGGAAACCACUGGCCAAGUUGAGAUAAAGGCUUUGUCGUCGUUGUACAGGCGGGGCUUCCUUGUAUACAGGUAUCCUGGGAAGCCACCAACGGAGAUAACCGAAGUAGACUACAUGGAGAAGAUUCUGCUGUGUUGCUCCAACAAUGGCCACUAUGAUGUUGUGUACCCCAGGAACUACCCCAUCCACGCAGCUCUGUGUCAAGCUCUGUUGUAUGAGCUGCUGUACACACAAGUCCUUGGUGUCGGCGAGGCAGAGGUGCAAGGAGCCUUGGAAGGGUUCCAUGGCGGAGGUCGUCGCUAUAGGAACAGCCUGUCGGUGUGCAGUGAGGACGCAGGCUAUGACACCCCUGAGGACAGGGGUCAGACUCUGAGGGAUGAUUGGGAGUUCAAUGGGCACAGUCGCACAGAGGACAAAGCCCGACCUGGAGCAGAGGAAGCAAAGACUCCAGAUGGACCAGCAAAACUCUCUCUCCCGUACAAGGUGCUCAAAGCACUGGAUUCUGAGAUGUACAGAAAUGUCCAGUUUGACGUAUGGCAUGACAGUCGCAGAGAGAUGCAGAAAACUGAUUACAUGGUGUUUGCUGGAAGACAGUACUUCUUGGGAGACAAGUGUCAGGUUCGUCUAGACCCCAAAGGGAAGUAUUACAAUGCUUUCAUUCAGGAGGUGGGCACUCACCCCAGCGCUGUGACAGUGUUCAUCGAAGAGCUUGGAGAAAAACAUCUUGUGUCUCUGACUAACUUCAAGCCUGUGAACCCUGUCCCUGCCUGGAACAUCACCCCGAGCCGCAAGGGACCAUCAUACAGCCGGCCUGAGCAGUAUCCUGGAGAGAUGGAUUCAGAGUUGCGGGGCCGGCGGCGUUUCUUUAAGAAGCCCAGAGGCAUGCAUGCCCCCACACCACCACCAGAGACAAUGCCCUACGAACACUACCGGCCUCAUCUUCCACCCAGGCCCCCGCGAGGAUAUGGCCCGCCCAGUUCAGCCCGUUUCCUGAACAGUCAUCCUCUCGUUGGACCGGAGAUGACAUACUACCCUCACUCAGGAAAACGCUGCUACCACAGCUUCGACAACUACUCAUUCAGGUCACGCCGAAGCAGGCGCCAGAUCCCUGCUAUCAACAAGGAGUGCCAGUUCAGCUACGUCCCCGAGGCUGGACAGGAGGCACAGGACAUGGAAGGAACAAUCACCUUCUACGAGAUUGAGGGGGGAGAUGAAACUGCCUUCCCUCCCUUGUCGGGACAGACUGUAGCAAACCCCAUGGUUCCAGCACUCCCUACAUACUGGGUGCAGCAGGGGCUGAGCCCCAUCCCCACAUCUGGCAAACAGGCCAUGACCUCAUCAGAGGAGGACGCUGACGAGAGGAGCAAUGGUGACGACCAGGGUGAAUAUUCAGAGGAGUACAUCUAUACUGGUGAAGACACAGGGUUCCAGAGCCCAUCUGUGUAUGCUGCGGCAGAGUCCACUGCCAACCUGACCAUUGAAGAGGGAUCUCGUGCUGGCUCACCACAAGAGGGCAUGGCUAGCUAUAGCUACACUCAGUCACAGCAGGUGGUGGUGAAGUCAGCAGUCAUGCCCGCACAGGCUUUAACCACAGCCCCAGCAGCUAUCUUCACCUCUUCCUCUAGCAGCUCUCAGACCCCUCCAGCACCAAUUGCUUCACCCUCAAGCUAUCAAGGGGCUCCCAUGCCCCCACACGCAAUGGGCAGACAAGUUUCAUCCAUUCAGGUUCCUCCUUCCUCUCCCUGGUUUGUGAAUGAGAUGGGGGAAGCGGUCAGCACCACACCCCCUCCACCUUACUCCUAUGACCCCAACGGCAACGACCUUCCACGAGAUGGCAAGGUCCUCCAAUAUUACUUUAAUUUAGGAGUCCAAUGGUACCAGCAGAGCUAUUGGCAUUCCGUGGUGCAGAUGCAGCAGGCGUAUCAGCAGCCCAAUGCCGAGCAACAGUUCCAGUCCUACUCCGGAGCACCCCCUCCCUCUGAUCACACAGUCCCCCAGUCCUACCUAGAGACUGGGAGAGCAGGGCCUGAUGGCCAGGGAGAUGUUCUUGCCAAUGGCACCCCCCUGGCCAUGGACCCUCCCUCAGCAGGAGCCCCAGGCACAGUGUUCUACCCCUUGGUUCAGGACCAGUGCAGCCAACCCCCCCUCCACACCUACGAGCCUUAUGUUCCGAUGCUCUCUGCCACCUACCAUUACCUCACACCCUGGAACUCGAGCCCUGCCCAACCACAUGUGCACGCAUCCUACUGCCCCUCCAAUCACCCAGUCAACUAUGUCACUGCACCCACACACCCAGGGCACUUUAUUCCUCCCAGCAUGUAA